AUGGAUUCUACUUCAACUUCUUCCACUCAACCAGAAACAGUCUAUGUGACACCUCAGCAGCCUGAACCACAGCAAUUACAACAACAACAGCAACAGCAGCCUACUGUUACUACUCUUCAAGAACAACAACCUCAGCAACAACAACAACCACAACAGCCUUCUCCUCCAACUUCUCAAGAUCAAGAGGAAGAAUGUAGCAUUCUUUCUCCCACUUUAGCAGACAUCUUGAGCGAUGAUCGUAUUCUGCGGUUCUAUCAAUGUGUUAAAGAUAUCAGAACUCAAAACUCACCGAAACAGACCGCAGCCAUGUUUUUUGCACUAUGUCAUGCUCUCGGUGACUCUGUCUCCUUUUUGAAAGUUCCCAAUAUGUCUAAAAUCAUGUUUCGUCAAGAGCAACAAAUAUUUGGCGUCAACGUAGCUGGUACACAACAUGACAUCUUUCAGAGUGCAGUGCCUCCACCACCGCCAGAGCAUAAUAUACCAAUGGCUAUUGCUGAUAAUACAAAUACAAGUCUAAUGCAUGAUGUCGAUUCAAGUCACGGCACAUCCAACCUUUUUACAGCCACAGCAGAUAAUCAGCAUAUACUUCAAGCGGCUCUAGCCUCGGUCACUGCCGCCGCCGCUGCCGCUGCAUCCAAUUCUGCCGUAUCGGAUACCAUUUCAACUAAGAGAAGAGGACAGGAUCUGAAAGGAACAACAACAAAGCGAACGAAAAAGGCUUCUCCUAGAGAUAAAGAAUAUGUUGUUAGAAGAAACGAAAUCAUUCAGGAUCUAUUAAAACUAUCAGACGUUGAUCUGCUGCAUCAAGCCAACACAAUCGAUCCUGAAGUCAAGUUAAUCAUCCAAGGGCAGGAACGUUCAACUAAACUGGGUGCCUUGGCUCCUCUUCAUCGAUUUGCUGCAUUUGCCAACUUGCCUGCACACUAUGACUGUGACUUUGCCCCAAAGAAUGCAGGCGUAUACUUUAACUAUGAGUACUUUCAACUCUAUUUGGCUUACCGAGACUUAGAAAUCGAACGACAACAGCAACAGCAGUUGGAAGGCUCAGCUGAUCAUCGGCCCAUCUUGGUACAAUGCCGUGCCGAUAUCGAAAAGGUAUUGGUCAACACAAAUUGGGAAGCUAUUCGUCGACGAUUGACGAUUGGUGAACGUAUCUAUCAAGUGUGUGAUAUCCUCGGAAGAGGGUUCCUAUUGCUCAGUAAACAAGUAUCUGGACGUAAACUAUUACACAACUUUAAUGCUGGUGAAUGGGCUGAGUUUAUGCGCGAGUUCCGAAAACCUGAAAACCAGGCCUUACUUGACAAUUUGCAAGCACGAUAUAACCCUACUCGAUUCUAUGGUCAAUCUCAAGGCAAAGAAGCUGUGGUUACGGUUGCUGAGGUUACUCCUACUCCAGCUGAGCAAUAA